AUGCAUUAUUGGUUCCUUUUCGUGGUGAAUUCUGCUGUUGCCCAGGCAUGGUCCAGUAAUGAGCAGGCUUGCAAACUUUGGGGUAGGUUUGAUUUACUGGGCCUGUCGAAGAAUGGAAAUAUUAUGUUGGGUGGAAUUUUUGACGUGCAUACUUACCAAGUUGAGCAUCGCCAACUCUCGUUCAGCAGUCACCCGGAGGCGGCAAAAUGCGUCAGCUUUCAGUUCCGUCCUUUCCGUUGGGCACUGGCGAUGGUUUUUGCAAUCGAGGAAAUAAAUAACGAUACAGCUCUGCUACCCGGUGUCACACUGGGAUACCGCAUAUACGAUUCUUGUAAGUUGACCCAGUUAUCGCUAAAAGCAGCAAUGGCGUUUCUGAACAAACCGGAGGCAAACGCGUCCUCUGAUAACUGCAAAAGCUCCUCCAUUGUUUCUGCGAUUGUUGCUGAUUCUGGAUCCACGAGGUCUUUAGCAAUAGCACCUCCUAUGGGUACCUUCAGGAUCCCAAUGGUUAGUUACUUUGCAACCUGUGCGUGCCUCAGCAAUAGGAAGGAAUAUCCGUCAUUUUUUCGAACAAUACCGAGUGAUUACUAUCAGGCUAAAGCAUUAGCCCAGUUAGUGAAACAUUUCGGAUGGACUUGGAUUGGGACAGUUAAGAGUGACGAUGACUAUGGGAACUUUGGAAUGCAAGCAUUUGAAGAGGCAGUCCAACAAUUAGGCGUUUGUAUAGCCUUUUCCGAAUCAUUUCAUAUAACACACGCUCGAGAGAAGUUGUUGAAAACCAUUGACACCAUAAAAACCUCUUCUACAAAAGUUGUCGUUGCCUUUGUGGGAGAAUCAAACAUGCGUACUCUACUAAAAGAAAUGUUUAGACAAAAUGUCAGCGGCAUACAAUGGAUUGGAACCGAAUCAUGGGUUUCCACAUUGCUUCUUCCUCCGGAGGAAAGUAAAAAGAUUGCUUCUGGUGCACUUGGGGUUGCAAUUCCCAAAGUCGGUAUACCAGGGUUGAGGGAGUUCCUCAGGAACGUUCAUCCAUCCUUGUAUCCCGGAAACCUCUUGGUGAAAAUGUUUUGGGAAAGUUGUUUCCGCUGCACUCUAAGUGGUAGAAACAAAACAGACCCUCGACAAACUGAUUCAGAUGUUAAAGAAUGCACAGGAAGAGAAAAUUUACAGAAUGUCCAAAAUGAAUUUACGGAUGUGUUCCAAUACAGAGUCACUUACAACGUGUACAAAGCAACUUAUGCUAUAGCUCAUGCACUUCACAAUAUGGCGUCAUGUAAAAUUGGGGAAGGCCCUUUCACCAAUGGGAGUUGUGCAAAUGUUUCAAAUUUUCAACCGUGGCAGUUACUAUAUUACAUGAGAACAGUGAGUUUCAUAACCAAGAUUGGCGAAAAGAUUUAUUUUGAUGAAAACGGAGACCCUGUCGCAACAUAUGAUAUUGUAAACUGGCAACCGAAUGCCCUCGGUAACAUUGAUAUUGUAAAUGUUGGGCACUAUGAUGGGUCAGCUCGUUCUGGAGAAGAAUUUUCGAUAACAGAAGGGACAAUUGUUUGGAAUAGAGGUCAGAAGUCGGUUCCUAAAGCUGUUUGCUCUGAAAGUUGCCAUGCAGGAACAAGGAAAGCAGAAAGAAAAGGACAACCCAUUUGCUGUUUUGAUUGCAUACAAUGUGCACAAGGUGAAAUUAGCAACACAACUGAUUCCAUUCAUUGCAUAAAGUGUCCUUUGGAAUUCAAAUCUAAUGAAAGACGGGAUCAGUGCAUCCCAAAGGAAAUCGAGUUUCUUUCCUUUCUCGAGAUGAUGGGAAUCACUUUGGUGGCACUGGCGUUGUUUGGAGCCUGCACCACUGUUGCUGUAUUCGCAAUAUUCUACGUCUAUAGACUCACUCCAAUUGUUAAAGCUAAUAACUCUGAGUUAAGCUUCCUUCUUCUCUUUGCCCUCACACUUUGCUUUCUGUGUUCAAUUACGUUCAUCGGUGAACCUUUAGUUUGGUCUUGUAUGCUCUGCCACGUAGAGUUUGGUAUUAGUUUUGUUCUUUGCAUAUCAUGUGUUUUGAGUAAAACAAUUGUCGUGGUGAUGGCAUUCAAAGCAAAGUUUCCCAACAAUAAUAUGAUGAAGUGGUUUGGACCAAGACAACAACGGCUGAUGGUUUACAUCCUUACCCUGGUACAAUGUGCAAUAUGUACUGCCUGGUUAAUUCUAUUUCCACCUUAUCCUUUGAGAAGCACUAGUCACUCUCAUGAGAUAAUCGAGUUUGAAUGCAACGUGGGAUCUUCGUUAGCAUUCUAUUGUGUUCUCGGUUAUAUUGGAUUUCUUUCCUGCGUGUGUUUUGUGGUAGCUUUUCUAGCUCGACAACUUCCAGAUAACUUUAAUGAAGCUAAGCACAUAACGUUUAGCAUGCUUAUCUUUUGUGCAGUUUGGAUAACUUUCAUUCCAGCUUACAUAAGUUCGCCAGGAAAAUAUGCUGUGGCAGUUGAAGUAUUUGCUAUUUUGGCCUCCAGUUUUGGUCUGCUUAUUUGCAUUUUUGCUCCAAAAUGUUAUAUUAUUCUUCUGAAUAAAGAAAAGAAUACAAAGAGGAACAUGAUGGGCUCGGUGUCUUCCAAAAAAAGCUUUGGAAAUGUUCAUAAAUGA